GCCCCGCCCCUAAAGCCUCUGGGUGGGUGGCCCUUUAAGAGCAGAAGGUUGAGUCAUGGGUGGGGGCUGUUGCCAAGGGCAACGUUGGGGCCCCGAGAGCCGGUGCAGAGAGGGGGGGGCCCACAGGAGCGCGCCCCCCGCCGGCUGCCCCUUUAAGAGUAGCCCGCGUGGCAGGCAGGCGGGGCGGAGCGUGUAGAACGCCCGGCGGCGGAGCGUUCCAAAAGGCCCCGCCCCUCCGCCCGAGCGUCGCCCCUUUAAGAGCCGCGCGCGCGUUGGGGGCGGGGCGUUCGGAACGCUGGGGACCAACAGCUGGAGGCGGCGCGUUCGAAAGGCCACGCCCACCUGGCUGGCUGCCCCGCCCCGCCCCACACACACUGGGGUGGCCCCCGCCUCUGCUGCCCCCUAGCGGCGGCCCCCUGCUCCUGGCCCUAGAGAAACCUGACCCCCAUCUCCUCCUGGGCCUGGCCCCACCCCCCCCCCCUCUAUGGGGCCAGGCUGGGGAGCCGGUGCCCCCCAGCUGGCCCUGGCAGCGGCUGCCCCCUGGGCUCUGUUCCCCGGCCCCACCCUGGCUGCCCCCCUGCUGCUGACGCUCGCCCUCCUGGCCCCCCUGGCCCGGAGCUGCGUUCAGUGCCGGGCGGGGCACCGGGACAUCCCGGCCCGUUUCGCCCGGCUCUGCGCCCGCUACCGCCAGCUUCACGCCCGCCCCGGCUGCCCCGGCCGCCCCUGGGACCCGGCGGCCUUCAAGGGGUUCGCCCUGGAUGAGCAAGCCAUGGAUGCGGUGACUGAGAAAACCCACCGAGUCUUACGUCUCAUUGAGAUCAACCAGACCCUCUCCGACCUGCCCAAGUUCUGGGACUGGCUGCGGGAAGUGAAGCUACUGGAAUACAGCAAGGAGGUUCUGUGCCCGCCGGCUUGCCGGGGCUCGGCCUUGGCCAUCAACUGCUCCAGCUGCAAGAAGGGGGAGGUGCCCUGCUGGGCCCUGAAAAAAUGUUACCCCGGGCGCAGGGAUCUGCGGGACUCCCUGCUGCUGCUGAGCGUCCUCUCCGCCUCCAGCCUGCUCGGGGGGGUCAUCACCUGCGCCCUGCAGUUCCGGUUCUACCCGCUGCCCGAGUGACCCCCGCCCCCUGCCCCCUGCCCCCCCCGACCCUGGCGCCUGGAUCCUCAAUAAACGAG